AUGUCUGGACUUGAAAUAGCUGCCGCAGCAGUCCUUGGAAGCCAGUUGUUAGAGGCCAAAUACUUGAUCAAAGACGAUGUAGUCUUGGCCGGUAAGGUUGUCAAGAAUGCACUCCCUUAUUUGUGGAAAUCCCUGAGAGGUAAAGCUUCUUAUUGGUACUACUUUGAAGAAUCAUCUAAAAAAUACAAGGAUAGAGAAGCCUUGGCUUUCCCUAGACCAAAAGCUAAUCCACCACCCUUGGCUACCGAUGCCGAAGGAUUCAAAAUCUACGACGACCAAUUUGAAGUUGAAAAGUACACCUACCAAGAGCUCUACAAUAUGGUAUUGAGACUCUCUUAUAUAUUGAAGAAUGAAUAUGGCGUCACUUCUGCCCAAACCAUUGGUGUAGACUGUAUGAAUAAGCCAUUGUUUAUCGUUUUGUGGUUGGCAUUAUGGAACAUUGGUGCUUUGCCAGCAUUUUUAAACUUCAACACAAAGGACAAACCAUUGGUCCACUGUCUUAAUAUUGCCCACGUCUCCCAAGUCUUUGUCGACCCAGACUGCGCAGCACCAAUUAGAGACACCGAGUCAAAGAUCAAUGAGGAGUUACCAAGCGUAAAAAUCCACUAUUUAGAUGAACAAGCACUCUUUAGCAGAAUCCAACUGAAGGCAACGCCCAAAUACAGAGCUCCAGAUGAAACAAGAAGACCACAAGAUACUGACUCUUCUGCAUGUGCAUUGAUUUACACCUCGGGUACCACUGGUUUACCAAAAGCCGGUAUCAUGUCAUGGAGAAAGGCAUUUAUGGCCUCUAUGUUUUUUGGCUUCAUUAUGAAGAUUGACAAGACCUCUAAUGUCUUGACAGCAAUGCCAUUAUACCACUCUACUGCCGCCAUGUUGGGUGUUUGUCCAACCUUGUUGGCUGGUGGAUGUGUCUCGAUUUCCCAGAAAUUCUCUGCCACUUCAUUUUGGACUCAAGCAAAACUCGUUGGCUCAACCCACAUUCAAUACGUUGGUGAAGUGUGCCGUUACUUGCUAAACUCCCCACCUCACCCAGACCAAGAUAAACACAAUGUGAGAAUCGCUUAUGGUAAUGGUUUGCGUCGUGAUAUUUGGUCAGAGUUCAAGAAGAGAUUCCAUAUUGAUGCCGUUGGUGAGUUCUACGCAGCAACCGAAUCGCCAAUUGCCACUACAAACUUGCAGUACGGUGAGUUUGGUAAAGGUGCUGUUCGUAAAUAUGGUUCAUUAAUCAACUUGUUGUUGGGAACACAACAAGUAUUGAUCAAGAUGGACCCCGAGGAUGAAAAUGAAAUUUAUAGAGACCCCAAAACAGGACUUUGCGAAAAAGCCGCUUACAACCAGCCAGGUGAACUUCUCAUGAGAAUCUUGAACCCACAGAAUAUCGAAAAAUCUUUCCAAGGAUAUUACGGAAACAAACAAGCUACAGAUAGCAAGAUUUUGUUUGAUGUGUUUAGAAAAGGUGACGCUUGGUUCAGAACUGGUGACUUGUUAAAGAUGGACGAGGACAAGUUGUUGUACUUUGUCGAUAGAUUGGGAGACACAUUCCGUUGGAAGUCUGAAAAUGUGUCUGCCACUGAAGUUGAAAAUGAAUUAAUGGGCUCACACGCAAUUAAACAAUCCGUUGUUGUUGGUGUCAAGGUUCCUAACCACGAAGGUAGAGCUUGUUUUGCCGUUAUUGAACCAAAGGAUGAGUUGGACCAUGAUGAGAUUUUGAAAAAGAUUUACACCCAGGUCAAUACCACAUUACCAUCAUAUGCCCAACCGGUUUUCAUCAAGAUUGCCACUAUCGAAGCAUCGCACAAUCACAAGGUUCCCAAGAAUCAAUUCAAAAAUCAAAAGUUGCCCAAGGGUGAAAGUGGCGAGGAGCUUAUCUACUGGUUAGAUGGCGGUAAAUACAAGGAAUUGACUGAAGAAGAUUGGAAUAGAGUCUGUGCUGGUAAGGCCAAGUUAUAG